AUGUCGGGGUGGCGCUGGUGUGGGAGUCGCGAUGUGAAGGAGUUUGUCUUGGAGUCGCAGGAACGCUUCUCACAAGUCUUAGCUGAGCGGGCGAAGGUCAUCGCCGAGAACAAUAAGAAAGGCGACCUACCGGGAGCCCAGAGCGCGCAGUUCCUUUCCAUGUUGGAGUCCCUCUUCGAGAAGGAAGCGAAGCGUAUGGAGAUCGACAUGAAGGGACAGCUGCGCCAGCAUAGCUCCUUGGUGAAGGAGAAUGAGGAGCAGAUUCGAAAAGAAGGACAACUUCAGGAGAAGAUCCUCCAAGGCGAUCAGAGAAGGGAGCUCGUGAUGCAGAAGUUGGAUGAAAAAGGAAAGCUCUCGAGGGAGUUGUUGGAGAAGAAGCACCAGCAGAGCAAGGAAUUACAGGAGAAGCUCGAGAAGGACCACCAAGAGAAACAGGCGUCCUAUGCCAAAGAGAUGCUCGCGGAGGAGGAGCGGCUCGCCAGGUUCAUGGAAGAGCGAAAGGUGCUGAACCUGGAGAAGACGGCCAUCUUCCGUGAGCGCGUCCUGCAGAUGAAGGAGAAGACCGAGCUCUUGCAAGAGGAGCGCCGCUUGGAAGGCGAGAAGCGCCUGCAAGACAUCGAGGUGAAGAUCGACAAUGUGGCGAAGCGUCGCGAGGAGGAGCAGAAGCAACGGCAGCUCCGCAGCGAGGAGCAGCACUUGCACUUGAUGGAUGUUCGCGAAGCCAAGAGCCGCAUCGAUCGCGUGGAUGGCUACAGGCGUCAAGAGCUGCGGGAACAGAUUCACAGCAACGUGGAGCGCAUCGAAACGCUUCUGGCGCUGAAGGAUCAGCUGCUGGACCAGCGCAAGGGCCGCAACACGAAGGUGGAGAGCACACGGGGAUCUCGAGGCCUUUGUUUGCGGGACAUCCAACCUGGUCCUGGAACCUAUGAGGCGCCUCCCACCUGCCUCCAUGAGUUGCCGGCGGCGCGCAUCGGGAAGUCCAAGGUGCCUGGUUUGGUGGAUGAAGCCAUUAAGGGAACGCGGCAUAACCCGGCUCCUGGAAGUUAUGACACCAUCCUUCUGCCCAACGGCGACCGGUUGAAUCAGCCGAGUGGAGGCGAGUUCAACAAGAGGAACCGCGACAGCUUCCUGGACGAGUGCAUUCGACUCAAGAAUGACAUCCCGGCGCCGGGACGCUACGACCUGAAGAGCGUCCUGGAGAAGGGCGCCGUGCGGAUGUCGCGCGAGCGCAUCGUGGACGAGAAUUUAGACAAGCACUCUGCCAAGAGGUAUCCCAGUUGGGCGCGACCUUCGACCGAGACUCCAGGGCCCGCGGGCUACAGUGUGGACGAUUACACCCGGAAGGAGGUCAUGCGACGUGCGCAGAAGUCCUUGCCGAACCUCACCAGAGACAUGCUCAGGUUCGAGACCGUGCCAGGAGUUGAGACACGAGACCAGUCUACCGUCUACCCCAGUCUACCGUCGGGCGACCAGUCGAGGUCCAAGAUGUUCAAAGCCCCAAAGACGGUCUUUGACCAAAGCCCGCAGGCGGUGUUUCCUGGGAGCGCGGGGAGCGCGGGGGGUGCCCAUGUAAAGCUUCAUGUGGAGGGCGACAUUGACGAGCUGGCUCGGUACUCGAGGCGGCACCGUGCGGAGUCCGAGGGCAGACGUUGGUGGCGUGCGACCGUGGAUCACCUGCAGCUUCUUGCCCAUACGAACUCGACCGGGGCGAUCUACAUGGGACCAGGUUUAAGGUUUACCGGGUAUUACAUGCAUGGUCUGGAUUCAGAAUCCCAUAUGACCUAUGACAAGGCAGCCGCCAGCCAGGAAGCCCAGUCGGCCACGAAGCGGUUGGACCGUUGGAGUGUGUUGGGACUGGUGACCCAGAUUCCGCAUUUUGUCCAAAGGUGCUCCACCGGGACCCAUGAUCCGGACGAGCUCGUCGCCUAUGCACCGGGCCAGGUUCGUGUGCGCACCACCCCCGAUGGUCGCCAUUGGGAGACGGCACGGGAGUCUCCAGAGGCGACUGCUGUGGUCUGUGGAGAGUCCUGCGAAGUGGCACUGUCAUAUCAAGGACUCGUGAGCCGCAGCAGCUGUUGGUCCGUGCACCUGGCGUCGUCCCAAGUGGAACGAGGUCGAGCAGCACUUUUCGCUGAGAGGACGCAGGUGGACUUUUUGCCACUGAUCCUGGCCUUAGCACGGUGCGGAUGGAGCUUCGUGCUCCUCAGCACUGACUUGCCGGACGCGGAGCGGCAAGAGGCACGGAAUGCCUUUCUCUUGGAACACCUCGGCAUCGAUCUGGUGGUCGCUGCCCCGGAGCAUCAUCCGGUUGAGACCCGGGCACGACAGUUCUGCUGGACGCGGGCGCAAGAGCUGGGGGUGCCUUGGCUGGCGUUGGAUCCAGCACAAGCUUCAGGCGUCCAAGAGGCCACAGCCGCGGAAAGAGGCGGAGGCCUCUUUCCGCCCGCCGCGGCUGAGCGACUGCUGGCGUUGAUGUGCACCGGCGGCAGUCAACGCCUGAAGAUCGUGAAGGUCACGCACCAGAUGAUGCUGGCCGAGCAGAGCGGCUACCGUGAGCUCGUGCACGCGCACCGCGUGGAGUGCUCUCGGCAUCCACGCGUCUUGCAACAGCACCGGAGCUUCUGGGCCGCCGCAGUUCUGGGGCAGCUCAGCCUAGCGGUCGCUCUACGUGGCACUGCGGUGCUGUGUCACGUGGAGCUGGAGCAACUGCGCAGCGUGGUCUCGUCGGAGGAGAUCGAGGUGGUCGGUUUGGUGCCAGAUCAACUGGGCAGCCUCCUGGAGGAUUUGCCCAGCUGCUUGCGGCUAAUCCUCAGCUGGGCCGAGCGUUUGCCACAGCCCCUGGCGGCCAUGGCCGCCGCGCAGCAAGCUAAGGCUCCGCGGAAACUGGUGCUGCUGGAGCUCUUGAUCGCGACGGAGUACUGGCUCUCCUUCGCAGGCGACGCCCUCGCAGACGCUGUCGGAGAGAUCCCCCCCUCCCAACGUCGUGGUACUGUUUUCCAUCCACUGAAGACCGUGGAUUUCGUGGUGCUGGAUGAGGCGGACCACGUGCUGCGUGAGGGACUGGGUGAGCUCUGCUUGUCAGGGCCCAUGGUGACGACAGGAUAUUGCCCUGAGGACGAAGCGGUCUGGGUGACCGUGGAGGGUCAGAGCUUCUUCCGGACCCGGGAUUUGGUGCAGCUUCUGGACGGAGGUGAUGGCCGCUUCAUCUACCAUGGACGCAAGGAUCGCGCCACAAAGUGGCAUGGUCAAUGGCUGGACUUGGCCCAGUUGGAGAAAAGGAUCCAAGAUUUGGAGGGUGUGCGCGAAGCGUGUUUGGUGGAGCACGGCGCCGAGCUGCACGUCUUCGGCGUCCUGCAGUGCUCGCACCGCGCGGCGGAGCUGCCCCGGCAGAUGCAGACGCUCCAGACGUUGCGCCAAUUGCUGCCUUGGCCCUGCGCCGUGCACCUGCGGCAGCGGCUGCCGCGCAGCGCAGCGGGGAAGAUGGACGUCCAGGCGCUCGAGGCAAGCUUGACCUCAUGCGGAGCUGCCACCGCCAAAGAAGCCGACGCCCAGCGCUUCGGGCAAACCUGCCGUCGCCAUUUGGGUCUCAUGCUUGGCGCCCUGCUGCUGACCCUCAAUGGGGAGGCCCUUGUGCACUGGAUGGUCCGCAGACGAGGCAGAAUCCAAUGGCUGAGGCCUCUCAGCCUGGCAUUUGCUUGGCUGGCGCUGGCCUACGGGGACUCGGCGGAAAGGCCCGGGCCCUUCUCCAGGUUGGGGGUCCUAUUGGUCCUUCAUGCGCUCCCCGGUACUGCCAUGCGUCAGCUCCGCUGGGCGCUGGCGCUGGGUGGCCUCCUCUUGGCGCGGCGUGAAGGGCGGGCGGCCAGCUGGCCGCUGGUCUUUUGGUGUGGCAUUGGCACAUCACUCGACUUCGAACUCACGAGCGCCUUCCGACAUGGCAUGCUCUACGGGCUGCUGAGGCACGCACGCUGGAGCGCCGACUGGCUGAAUGAGGCCAUCCAUCAGCUGCUGAGCCGCGCCACGCCGCCUUUUGCCUUUCGCCUUUCGCUCCUCCGUCGCCAGCGUCGCCGCUGGGGAACGACCUCGAGGAGCACGAGCUGCCAAUGGGAAGAGUAUCCCAAGAGUGAGCGCGACCAACUGUACUACGACCAGUGGAUUGCACAAAGCCUGGAGAAAGCCGAGGCCCCUGCAGCGCCCGCGCCUGGCCUGCCGGGCCCGCGUCGCGCACCGCCCGCGCCCACGUCCGACGAUGCGAUCGCGGUGACGUUCUCACGGGGCGCCGUGGACUGGGCCUUGCAGGUCCUGGCGCCGUCGGCCUCCGCGUCGGCGUCCUCGUCGGCGGUGCCAGCGCUCAAUGCUCGGGCAGAGCGGGUUUUGAACGUUUUGGAGCAAGCCGUGCCCGGACUGGAUCCGGACGCAUCGCUCAUUGGAUUGGACAGUUUGAAGGCGAGCUUCCUCAGCAGCGCCCUGCACAAACGCUGUGGCCUCCGGCUGAGUGGCCAACAGGUCCGACAGGCCUCGUCCCUCCGUGCCCUGGCCGACCUGGCGACGGCUGUGCCGAUGCCGCCGGCGCGGCGGGAGCGCACGCCGGAGAAGGCGGAAGAGUACAGGAUUUGGUUCACGCCCGGGCAGUACCAGCCCAUGAGCCCCUGGCUCACACGCUCCAAUCGCUUCGCACGUCCCGACGCGGCGCUUCUUCAGCGCGCCACAGCGGCGCUGCAGCAGCGGCACCCGGCGCUGCGGGCCACGUGCGAAGGGCCUAUGGCGCUGAGAGCCUUCGUGCUUACAGUCUCGGUGCUCCUGUGCGCCGCAGACGAGGUGGGCCUCUUUGGUCCACUGGCGCAGCUGCGGAGGGUGUUGGGAAGAGCUUUGUUGCGUGUUUGGCCAAAGGUCAAGGUGCCUUCGGCCAAGACUCCGGAGCAACGACCUGUGGCGACGAACGCUCUCGACGUGGGUUACGCCCCCAGGAGCAAGGCGCUCGACCUCUCCGCGCCCUUCGACGUGGUCGACCUCUACGGAGGUCAGCAAGAGUUGGAGAAGAAGAUGCACAGUCGAACGAUGUGUCCACCGUUUGAAGUGAUCCUUCUGCAGUUGCACUUGCCCAUCGAGGGCGUGUGGGACUGCGAAGGUGGACACAUCUCCAUCUUUCGUGAGGGUGAAGACUUGGUCUAUGUGGACCCCAUUCGCUGGCGCUCGGCCAAGCUACAUCCAGCCUCAAGCGCAUGGUUGCUGCAGGGGCGCCUACAACAGGACGGUGAGGUCUUCUUGCGCUUCCCCACACCCGAGGAGCUCCAGGGCUGCUUUUGCUUGAGGCCGCAAGGCACGUGGCACCGCUUCCAUGCCAGCCGCAUCGCACAGCGCCACGAUUCAUUGGAGACCUUCUCCUUUGUGAUGAUCCAAUGCUAUCACGCCUUUGGCGACGGAUACUGUUACUCGCCCCUGGCCUCCGAUCUGUUCGAGGCCUAUGAGGCCGUGACAUCGCAGGAGAAGGCCGAUCAGUUGAUGCAGCCGGGCCCCCGCGACGGCACGGGCGAGGCGCUCGCCGUGUUGCAACGUCGCUUGGAGGAGACGCUGCUGGCAGGGCCUGAUCCCAGCCGCGCCUCGCUCCGAGGAAACCUGUGGAGUGCAUGGUUCAAUGGCUAUUCCUCUCACUUGUCCAUUGAAGGGGAGACCUUGGCAGUGCUCAAGGCAAUUGCGGGGAGAUAUUCGAUCCCCAUGAAUUAUCUCUUGCUCGCAAUUGUGAUUGCAGCCAAAGCGAGGGCCUCUCACGAGAUGGAGGUGGACUUGACGCUUUAUGUACCGAUGCGCGAUGGAAUGGAAGCUGGCAUGGUGGGCCUCUUCGCCGACUGGCGCGACGUGUCGGUGGCCGCGCCCUGGGACGGCACGGUGCUGCAGCUGCUGCUGGAGGUCUACGAUGUGCUGCGGCUGCGGAGGUGGAAGGUCUUCAACCCCUUGCGAAAAGCGGAACGGACGGUGGUGAACUUCGACCUGAGGGAUCCACGGGCACUCUCCACGGCGGGCUUUGUGCAAGUGCCAGAGGCCUUUUGGCGAAGUCCCUACCGAGCCAAUUGGAACCAAUGGGAGUGGCUACAUCAGCCACUGCAAUUUGAUGUGGUGGAAGAGCACAGCGAACGCUGGUGUAUUCACGCGCGGAUGUCAUAUCAGCAUUACCCGCCCCAGUGGCGGCGCCGAUGGAUCCAGGGCAUUCAGGAUGCGACCUACGAUGCCGUCUUUCAGCCCUGGCAGCAGGUCCACAAGCCCUUCGAAUGA